AAUACUUAAAGUGGUGUUUGGAUACGAGGAUUUACGGGCCCUUCGGUUGGACUGCGAUAUAAUCCGUGGAUUAGGCUGCUCAGGAUCCUCGACCAGGCGCCACUCUUGCUCUCUUUCAGGUAUACGUACAGGUAUUAUGGCAACCAUUAGAAAUUUGAAGAUCAAGACAAGUACAUGCAAACGCAUCAUUAAGGAGUUCCAUUCCUAUGAGAAAGAGGUUGAAAGAGAAGCUGCAAAAACUGCGGAUAUGAAGGAGAAGGGAGCUGACCCUUAUGACCUUAAACAACAGGAAAAUGUGCUGGCUGAAUCAAGGAUGAUGAUUCCUGAUUGUCGCAAGCGCCUGGAGGCCUCACUAGCUGAUCUAAAAGGAACUUUGGCUGAGUUGGAGGAGUCAAACCAGAAAGAGGGCCCAGAAAUCGAGGAUGCUCGAAGCACCACAGCGGAGGUUGAUAAUUUUUUUCAAACAACAGAGGGCUAAUAUUCAAGGCCUAGUGAGCAGUGUCAAGGAAGGGGGUUAGUUAUCUGUUCAUGGUACUGGAAUUUGUAGGGUGUGCUUUUCCUGUCACACCAGUGGGCAUGUGAUGCUUUUCUGAUGGGGUUUUUCGGAUGUUGCUUCUAAAAAAACAUUUAUCUGCCUUGUAUUUGCUUGUCUGAAAGUGAUAUGAAACAUAGACUUGCUAAUUUCACCAGCA